AUGGAGUGGGGUUGCCCUUGUUGUGUGCCACUGGACUUCGAAGCCGAUGUGGCCGAGGCAGAUGGGGAUCUUAGGGGCCCUGAGCGCUUUCUUCGCUCCAAGCGGAGGUUGAAGAGAGGGCCGAGGUCGAUGCUGCCGAGGCCGCCUCCGCUGAUGUCCCAGGCAUGCGCCUCCACGGCCCCGACGCUUCCGGAAGAGCCGGAAGAGCACCCCGAGGAAGCAGAGGAAACACCAAAGGACCGCAGGAACGUCGUUGCCAUUGGGCUGAACCGCUUCGAAGGAAGCGGCGGUUUGCAGCCACAGCCCGACUGGGAGCAACUGACGGACAGGGUGGUUUGCAUACUGGCACAAAACCCCUCGUCCUUCACGUUGAAUGGAACCAACUGUUACUUGGUUGGUACGGGCCGUCGACGCAUCUUAGUCGACACAGGAGAGCAGCACUUCGGAGCCGAAGCUUUCAUGCAAAACUUAAGCGCAUGCCUUGCGGAGCUCGGAGUGGAAGGUUUAGAUGGGAUUGUAAUUACGCAUAUGCACCACGAUCACUACGGCAAUGUCGGCCGGCUGCAGGAGAAGUAUGGUCCGAUCCCUGUGUACUCGCGAGAAUUUUCCAGUGCAUCCUUCGCAUUAAUUUCAGAGCUGUCAAAGCGAGACCAGCUGAGAUAUCUGCAGGGCUUUGACGGCAGACCGAGAUACAAUCCACUCAAAGACAGUGCGCCGAAGGUGUUGCCCGACUCGCUCGACUUGGCAUGGGCAGCAGACAGAGUCAAAUACAUGCCAGGCAAGAACAUUGCUGAGAAGCUCCAGUGGCAGUUCUAUUUCGUUUGGAAUUCUCAGGACCUGCUUGAUCGCCUUCGCAGCGGAGAGUAUCCUUGGCAAGCACUGGACACUGGAGACGUUAUUUCCACCGAAGGGGCGACGCUGACCGCUUUACAUAUGCCGGGACAUUCGGAGGACCAUAUGUGCUUCUUGCUUGAAGAGGAGCAUUCCCUUUUUUCCGGAGACCAUGUCCUGGGUUGGGGAACGACUUUUGUCGUGGAGAUGAAAGAUUACAUGGAGUCUUUGAGGAAGAUGCUUCACAUGCACCCGAUCAGUCUAUUCCCUGGCCAUGGUGGGCACAUCAGAGAUGGAGUUGACCUCCUUCAGCGCUACAUCUCCCAUAGGCAGAAGCGAGAAGAACAAGCAUGGCAAGCUCUUGUAAAGCGCUCCGAGCCGGUGAGGAUAGAAGAAAUAGUCCGAGAGCUCUAUCCAAAGACACCUUACGAUCGGAUGUGGAUGGCGAAAAGCAACAUAGAGGUGCUUUUCCGAAAAUUCGUGGCAGAUGGGGCCGCAGCUGUGUGGAAACCUGAGAUCACGUACAUGGAAGCAUGCCGGCUGCGAAGAAUCAAAGUUUUGCCCAGCGGCUAUGUCGAGCGCAAUCUUCCAGAUGCGUAUGUGUGGGCAGCUCGGCGUUCCAUGGCCAAGCUUUGA